AUACUUUUGAAUUUUGAUUAGACAUUUUUACAUGAAAGACCUCUUACCUCACCUUUAGUCUCGCUUCCAUUUUCGUUUAUUCUCGACUAGACUCUAUAAGUUUGAUCAAGUCAUGUUAUUUUCUUGAGGCUUUAUUAUUGCACUAGAAUCGUAUUUUAACAUAGAUAAAACUGGAAAGAUAAGAAGAAUUGGGAGAAAUCUCACCUAGCUGAUCUCGGUCGGGAUUUGAUGUUUCGAACGUUCUUGCUCGGCACUAUUCAAAGAUUAGCUUUUCUUUUGGUUUUUUUUGGUUUGAAUUUUUGGUUCUUCCUCAACCAUUUGAGUAGUAUUGAUCUAUUACCUUCAUUAUUUUAUUCAGCUUGGCGAUCAUUUACAAAUGCCUUUUUCGCCGCCUAGGAGCUUCACAACCACCUCUAAUGGCGGCCACCAACAUUUUUCAUUUCUCUCUACCCACCAAAUCUAACCCUUCAGCUCUGCCGUUCAACACUUCUUCUUACUUCCUCCUUUCAUCGCCACUUUCCAGGUCUGUCAAAAUCAUCCGAUGCCUAUCUGUUCACCGAUCAAACGACGAGGGCACCUCUGCUUCCAACAGCACGAACGACGGCCUGCGAGUCGUCCUCGCCGCCGGAGGCACUGGCGGGCACAUUUAUCCAGCCAUCGCCAUUGCUGAUGAGCUAAAACUCGCCUUCCCCACAUCACAAAUCCUCUUUCUAGGAACACCCAACAGCACAGAAAGCGCCGCCGUCCCCUCCGCCGGGUACGAGCUCGAAACGGUUCCGGCUACCAAACUAACUCGCCCCCUUAUCUCUCCCCAAAACCUCCUCCUCCCUUUACAUCUGAUUAAAUCCGUGGUUGCGAGUUACAAAAAACUACACGAUUUCAAACCCCACGUUGUCAUCGGCACUGGUGGGUACGUCUCGUUCCCGAUUUGCCUUGCUGCAAGGCUGAUUCAUGGGGUCAAGCUCGCAAUCCAAGAACAGAACUCGGUUCCAGGAUUUGCGAAUUGGGUUCUUUCCCAUCUUGCAGAUGUGGUGUUUGUUGUAUUGAACUCCACGGUUGAGUGUUUUCCAAGGAAGAAAAAGUGUUUGGUUUGUGGGAAUCCAGUGAGAUUGGCAGUGAGACAGUAUAUCUCUAAGGCUGUGGCACGUUUGCAUUUCUUUCCAAGAUCGGGGAAAGUUGAGGAUUUGGAGGCUAAGGUGGUGGUUGUUCUUGGAGGGUCUUUGGGUGCCAAUGCCAUUAACAUAGCCAUGCUGAAUCUGUACUAUCAGAUGUUGUUAGAAAACAAGAACUUGUACAUCAUAUGGCAGACUGGCGUGGAAACAUUUGAUGAAAUGGACAGCCUUGUGAAGAACCAUUCCCAUCUGCAUUUAACGCCGUUCAUGCAUUCUCUGCAUUUGGCAUAUGCAGCUGCAGAUCUGGUUGUUUCUAGAGCGGGGGCCAUGACUUGCUCUGAGAUCCUAGCUACUGGAAAGCCUUCCAUAUUGAUACCCUCACCAUAUGAAGAUGAGGGGCAUCAGUUCAGAAAUGCUUCAAUAAUGGCUGACAUGGCUGGUUCAACUGUCAUUAAUGAAGAUGAACUAGAUUCAACUACGCUUGCGAUUGCAAUUCAAGAGAUAUUAGGUGAUGAGAGUAAAAUGGAAGCUCUGUCCGAGAGAGCAUUGAGAGUAUCAAAACCCAAUGCCGCUGCUGAAAUUGUUCAUCACAUUGGAAACUUAAUAAACUUCUCUACUAAUGGUGGAUGAAACAAUUUUAUGAUCAACUUAUUUUUUCAUUGUUAUGAUUCUUCCAAGUUGUCGAAA